AUGCCCCCCAAGAAAGCCUCUAACGCCUCCAACGGCGCCGACGCCAGCGCAGGCAAAAUCAUAUGGGAGGGCGCGAACGACACUAAACUCCUCCUCCUUACGCAAGGCCGCUACGUUAAACCCGAAGAGUACGCCGAGCUCGCGUCUGUGUUUGCUGGCGUCUCCACCGGCGGCAUCCGCAACCGCAUCUCCGCACUGCGCGUGAAACAGCGCAACCUGUACGAGUCUCUGGGCUGGAAAGUGCCUGACGGCGGCGCGGGCCAUUCGAGCAAGAAAGCUGCCUCGUCUACUUCUACCCCGUCCAAGUACGCUACGCCAUCGAAGCAUGCUGCUGGUGGUACGCCGUCGAAGCGCGCUACCCCGUUCAAGCUAUCCAAGCGCGCCUUCGACGCCGGCGACGACGACAGCGACGCCGACGGUGUGGAUGUGGACGAGACGCCGAGCAAGAAGCGCACCAAGAACACCACGCCUUCCUCCAAGUCCUCCGCCUCCGAGUCUGACGAGAGCGAGGGCGGGGACUGGAACCUUGGCGCACAGCGCGGGGUGAAGAAGCAGCGGCUCGUCAAGGUUGAGGAGGUGGAGGAGAUCUAGCCCGAACCACUGAGCUAGGUAUCUUCUUUUCUUCUUCUUUUCUUUGCCAGCGCGCUGUGUCUUGGGUUCGCUGUUUGGCUGCUCAAACACGGUCUGCAGGUAUCAGCUUGCGUGGUCUGCAUGGGGAGGGGACGCGGAGUGCACGGCAUGGGGUUCUGUGCAGGGUGUCAGCUGGUGGAUAUACAAUAUGGCAUGGACGUCUCAGCAGUCUUGACAUGCGGAUUUGGCCGGCGGUUGCUGGACGGAGAGGUGAGGGAUUCUGAUUGUGGUGUUUUGUUGCUUUUGGACACGGCCUGUGGUCGUCAGUUCUCGAUCAAUCGCAUGGACGCUUAGACACCUCAAUAUCUCCUGCAGUGUCAGCUAGUGAGCAAAUAACU